UUUUGGCUAUGGAAUAGGUUAGAAACAUUUUCCAGCAUAAGAAAAACGUGUUGCUCCCUUGACUUCAGUGGCCAGGCCGGCCCACGGAUCCUGGCCCAUUUUGCACCUCUAAAGCGGAAGGUAUUGCUUGGUAGGGGCCACCACAAAGAAAGGCAUAUGCUUUGAGCUUUGUUUUCCCUUUGUGACAAAUUUAAAUAAACAACGUGGGCAGAAUUAUUGAUUUUCUGUAGAUAAGACCGUCUCCACAGAGCACUAUCCAGCAUUCCAGGCAUGGCUUUGAUGGCUAGUCCAGUUCUCAAGCUUCUGUAUGCAUUUGUAUUCACAAUCUUCUGCUUCAUGGUGCCUACUUGGGCAGAGUCUGAAACAUAUAUCAUUCACAUGGACGUAUCAGCCAUGCCCAAAGUCUUCUCUGACCACCAUAGCUGGUAUUUGUCCACCCUUUCAUCCAUAUCAUCAGAGACUCCCACUGCCAGAUCUAGACAUAUCUAUACUUACAAAAAUUCUAUGAAUGGCUUCAGUGCAAGUCUCACUCUAAAUGAGCUCGAGUCCCUUAAAAAGUCCCCUGGCUUCAUCUCAUUCACUAGAGAUUAUCCACUUAAAAUGCAGACAACCCACACUUCUCAAUUUCUGGGUCUAACCUCUGCUUCUGGUGCAUGGCCAGUAUCAAAAUAUGGUCAGGAUGUCAUCAUUGGUGUAGUUGAUACUGGGGUUUGGCCAGAGAGUGAGAGCUUCAAUGAUAAAGGAAUGACUGAAGUUCCCUCUAGAUGGAAAGGUAAGUGUGAGUCUGGCACACAAUUUAAUUCCUCUCUCUGCAAUAAGAAACUAAUUGGUGCUAGAUUUUACAACAGGGGUCUAAUAGCUCAGGAUCCUGAUGUACGUAUUUCCAUGAACUCUUCUCGUGAUUCGGAUGGACAUGGAACCCAUACUUCAUCCACGGCUGCUGGAAACUACGUUAAAAAUGCAUCCUAUUUUGGUUAUGGUAAUGGGACGGCUAAUGGGGUUGCGCCAAAAGCCCGUAUUGCCAUGUACAAAGUUAUUUGGCCACAGGGGAUUUCCUCUACUGACCUUAUUGCUGCAAUCGAUGAUGCAAUAGAAGAUGGAGUGGAUAUAUUAUCCUUGUCCUUGAUCAAAAGAAGCGACAACCAAGAUGAUGAUGAUAUUAUCAAUUUAUUGGAGUAUGACACAGUUGCUAUUGCAACUUUUAAAGCUGUGGAGAAAGGCAUAUUUGUAGCAGCUGCAGCAGGAAAUGGAGGCCCUGUAGAAGCAGUAGCUAAUGGUGCUCCAUGGUUGGCAACAGUUGGUGCAGGUACAAUCGAUCGCGAUCUUGGAGGGCUAUUAACUCUAGGAAACGGUGUUCAAUUCAGGUUUCCAUCACUGUAUCCUUUGAAAACUUCUCUAAAUCAGAUUCCCCUUGUUUUCAUUGAUGGGUGUGAAAGUGUGAAGGAAUUGGAAAAGGUUAAGAAUAAGAUUGUUGUGUGCAAGGAUAACUUGAGUUUCGGCGCUCAAUUUGAAAAUGCUGAUGCUGCAAGAGUGUAUGGAGCUAUCUUCAUUACUGACAUUCUUUCAAUAGAUUACUACACUCCAAGCAAGUUUCCGGCUUCAUUUAUCAGUAAAAAGGAUGGCGAAGUUGUGAUAGGAUACAUAAAGAAGAGCAGUGAUCCAAGGGCAACUCUGGAGUUUCAAAAGACAUUUAUAGGUACAAAGCCUGCACCAAAGGCUGAGAGUUAUAGCCAAAGAGGGCCAUAUCCAAGCUGUCCCAGUGUCCUAAAACCAGACCUCAUAGCUCCGGGGACACUAAUAAUAGCGUCGUGGUUGCCAAACAGUUCCGUGACCACCGUUCAAUCAGGUGAUUUAUAUAGCAACUUUAAUCUUGAUACAGGUACAUCAAUGGCAACACCUCAUGUGGCAGGGGUGGCUGCACUAGUGAAGGGAGUGCACCCUGACUGGAGCCCUGCAGCCAUUCGGUCUGCCCUAAUGACGACUGCUAAUCCGUUGGACAACACCCUCAGCCCCAUUAAAGAUCCCGCAACGUGGGAUUUACCAGCUACUCCGCUUGACAUUGGAGCCGGUCACAUUGAUCCUAAUAAGGCAAUUGAACCUGGCCUUGUUUAUGAUGCAACAGCACAAGACUACAUAAAGCUUCUUUGUGCAAUGAACUACACAAAACAACAGAUCCGAGUCAUUACGGGGUCGAAUCACAAAUGUGUAAAUCAGUCGUUUGAUCUUAAUUAUCCAACUUUCAUAGCAUAUUUCAAUACUAAUGAUUCCAACUCAGAUGCCAAAGUUACUCAGGUAUUUCACAGGACUGUGACCAAUGUCGGGGAAGCGAGCUCGACUUAUACGGCAAAGCUGAGUAGCAUGGAUGGAAUAAAGGCUAUGGUGGAGCCAGAGAAAUUAGUGUUCAAAAAGAAGCAUGAGAAGCUAAGUUACAAGCUUACUUUGGAAGGUCCAAAAUUACUGAAACAAGACGUACUUCAUGGCUCGUUGAUUUGGGUUGCUGAUAGUGGUAAGUAUACUGUAAGAAGUCCCAUAGUGGCCACAAGCAUUGUCCCAGAGACCUCUUUGAGAUCAUAACUCCAGGUGCUUGGGUGUUUGCCACCAUUGUACUACUACAAUAUGUAAAUAAAGGUGGCUAUCGCCAUUAUCAUCAUGAUCCUACAAUGAAAUAAAGAGCAUAAAUAAGCUUAUUUCC